UAACAAAAUGUAGCCCAAAUCCAUUUUUAAAUAAAUUAAAUCUCUUUAUGGGUUCAAUAUAACAUUAUCGCUUAUAUUAUAUCUCCAAAACUUGCGUCGCUAGUUUCAUUAUAUCCAUUAAAAAUAAUAGAAAUAAAAAAAAUGAUUCUCAAAAAGUGUAUAUUUCUGUACCUAAUUUUUGAAAUAGUUUCAGCUCAAAACAGCGCAGCACCAUUCCAAUUAUCUAUAAUACAUUUCAACGAUUUCCACUCAAGGUUCGAACCAACAACUUUAUCCGCUGGAACUUGUUCAGACCUCACAAAAUGCGUGGGGGGCUUUUCCAGGCUCUACGCCCAGAUAAUGACCAUGCUGGAAACAAACCCUAAAUCCAUUCUCUUAAACGCUGGUGACAGUUUUCAAGGCACUUUAUGGUACACCAUAGGCAGAUGGAACGUUACGCAACAAUUCAUAAACAAAUUACCUAUAGAUGCAGAGACUAUUGGUAACCACGAAUUCGAUCAUGGUAUUCAAGGGCUCGUUCCUUACAUCAAAGCCCUUAAACACCCCGUUGUGGCCUCGAAUAUAGACGAUUCUCUGGAACCUGAUUUCCAAGGAAUCUACAACAAAAGCGUUGUGAUAGAGAGAAACGGCAGGAAAAUCGGUGUAAUUGGGGUGGUUUCUACGGAUUAUCCGAUUAUUUGUAACAGCGAGAAUUUGAAGUUUUUGGACGAAUCGGCUAGUGUAAACGCCGAGGCGGAGCGAUUAGUGAGAGAAGAAGGCGUUUUUACUAACAUAGUACUUUCUCAUAGCGGUUAUGAAACCGAUAAACUUAUAGCUAGUAAUGCUUCCUCGAAAAUUAGUUUGAUAGUCGGAGCGCAUUCUCAUACGUUUCUAUGGACUGGAGAUAACCCACCAGGUCCCGCCAUCGUCGAAGGACCUUAUCCUACUAUAAUAGAAAGCAGAUUAGGUCACAAAGUUCUCGUUACGCAAGCAUCGGCCUUCUGCAGAUAUUUGGGAAACAUAACGAUUUUUCUGGACGACGCCGGUGAAAUUUUAGAUUAUUCCGGCGCUCCGAUUUUCCUGGACAACCAUUUCCCGCAAGACGAAUCAAUCAAUGCCGAACUGCAAUAUUGGAAAAACAUUGUGGAUGUUGAGGGAGGGCAAAUUGUUGGUAACAGUUUGGUGAGAUUGAGCACAACCGGUUGCUACUACAAGGAAUGUUCCCUCGGUAAUUUCGUCACCGACGCUAUGGUUUACGCCUACACGAAAGUUGUACCCGAAACUUAUUGGACUGAAGCUGCGAUAGGUUUUAUAAAUGCUGGUGGGCUCAGAACUGAUAUAGAACCAGGAGAUAUCACUUACAACGCCCUAAUAACUUCCCAACCGUUUGAAAAUACCUUCGAUUUCGGCGUUCUAACAGGCCAAGAUAUCAAAGCUUUAUUGGAGCUUGCAGUGCAAGAUUUCGAUCCAGGGAAUCCCACACGAAGUCUAAACUUACUCCAAGUUUCCGGAAUUAAACUGGAAUACGACUUGUCUCGUAAUCGGGGCGAUCGAGUAGUAUCUGUAAAAAUACGUUGUCAAAAUUGCACCAUUCCAGUUUAUGGGAAUUUGGAUGCUAAAAGAGACUACAAUAUAGUAGUUAAUUCGUAUUUGAUGAGAAAUACUAGCCGUUACGAGGUUUUAAGUAAGAAAACAAGGAACAGAAAAGUAGGCAGAAAGGACACGGACGUACUUAGAGAGUACGUGAGGAAUAAUAGUCCGCUAUUUCAAGAAGAAUUCGGCAGGAUUUUAUUUAAAUAAAUUAUAUGUUGUAUUGUCGCUGAUGUCACACGGUCCUUCUUCAAUUAUAACCUAUUAAUAGCUCAUAAGAAAAUAUGUUUCAGGUAUUAAAAUCGUCUACGAUUUAAAUCGUAGCAAGGGCGACAGGGCCGUUUCUAUAAAAAUCCGUUGCCAAAAGUGUACAGUGCCGGUUUACGAAAAUUUGGAUUUGCUGAAAUCUUACAAUAUAGUAGUCCCGACGUUUUUGGGAUUAGGCACCGAUGGUUUUACAAUUUUCAGUCAAAAAAUGACCAA